AUGUUAAAUAUCCCGCCAGCGACCUGGCUCUUUAACUCAGGCACUGUGAGAGACGUGCCAUACGUCAUUGGAAAGCAAACAUUCAGGCCUGUCAAACGAGGUCAGUGGUAUGCACCCCUGGUAGUCCCCUUGCUGGCCAUUCAAGCCAAAGUGAACAGCCCCAUCUUGUGCCACAUGAUCAGGCCGAAAGCACCUAAUGCGCUCAAAGGUAAAGGGGCAGUGGAGAAGAAAGUUGUGCACCCAUACAGUAGAAAAGCUGCUCAGAUGGCAAGAGGAGUAACCAAACAGGAAAAAAAAGAAAGGAAAAAGAAUGAGAAAGCUAUACGUCUCAGUUCUAUAGGGGAAAAACUGCUUUGGUUUCAGAGCCAACUUGAUCUCAGGAAAACUGAGUAUAGUAAGAAAGAAGCAUGUGCAAUUAUAGAAAGGUAUUUGCAUUGAUUUGACAGUGAGCUGGAACAGAUAAAAUUAGUGAAUGGCAUUAAAGGCUCCCGAGAGAAUGUCAUCAAACAGACCAUUGAACGGGAGAGAAUGCAAUAA